AUGAAGCGCCUCAACCUGCUGUGCUGCUGCGUGGCCUCGCUCCUGCUCCUCGGCACGGCAGAAGAGGUUGAGGAUGCCAGCGAGCCCACCAAGCGCGACCGGUCCCACCUGGAGAACACCCUCAAGCUGAACGAAGACAAACCUGCAGAUGACUUCUCAGGAGUACUGCAGCGGCUGAGGAAGAUCUACCACUCCUCCAUCAAGCCCCUGGAGCAGUCCUACAGAUACAAUGAGCUGAGGCAGCAUGAGAUCACAGAUGGGGAGAUCACUUCCAAGCCGAUGGUGUUAUUCCUGGGACCGUGGAGCGUUGGCAAAUCUUCCAUGAUAAACUACCUCCUCGGGCUGGAUGACACUCCCUACCAGCUCUACACAGGGGCAGAACCCACCACCUCUGAAUUCACUGUCAUCAUGCAUGGCCCCAAGCUGAAGACCAUCGAGGGCAUUGUGAUGGCUGCUGACAGUGCGCGCUCCUUCUCUCCCCUGGAGAAGUUCGGGCAGAACUUCUUGGAGAAGCUGAUUGGAAUAGAGGUGCCCCACAAGCUCCUGGAGCGAGUCACCUUUGUGGACACACCAGGCAUCAUUGAAAACCGCAAGCAGCAAGAACGAGGUUACCCGUUCAACGACGUGUGCCAGUGGUUCAUCGACAGAGCUGAUCUCAUCUUUGUUGUCUUUGACCCUACGAAGCUGGACGUGGGCCUGGAGCUGGAGAUGCUGUUUCGCCAGCUGAAGGGCCGCGAGUCUCAGAUCCGAAUCAUCCUGAACAAAGCCGACAGCCUGGCUACCCAGGAGCUUAUGAGGGUCUACGGAGCCUUGUUCUGGAGCCUGGCUCCUCUGAUCAACGUCACGGAGCCUCCCAGGGUGUACGUCAGCUCCUUCUGGCCCCACGAGUACCACCCAGAUACCCACAAAGACCUGUUCCUCAAAGAAGAGAUAUCGCUCCUGGAAGAUCUCAACCAGGUGAUUGAGAACAGGAUGGAAAAUAAGAUUGCCUUCAUACGCCAACACGCCAUCCGGGUGCGCAUCCACGCCCUGUUGGUCGAUCGCUAUCUGCAGACCUACAAGGACAAAAUGACCUUCUUUAGCGAUGGAGAACUGGUGUUCAGAGACAUUGUGGAAGAUCCUGACAAGUUCUUUAUUUUUAAGUCCAUUCUGGCGAAGACCAACGUCAGCAAAUUUGACCUCCCCAACCGCGAGGCUUACAAGGACUUCUUUGGCAUCAACCCCAUCACUGGUUUUAAGCUGCUGUCUCAGCAGUGUUCCUACAUGGGAGGGUGCUACUUAGAGAAGAUCGAGAAGGCCAUCACUCGUGAGCUUCCCGAUCUGCUGGGAAGCAUUGGCUUGGGGAAGAAGCCCAACGUUCUCUCCUGCGACGUCACCGGCUGUGGCGAAACCCCAAAGAAUCGCUACAAGAAACCAUAAGGUGUUCAGUACCAUAACCAUCCUCGUGUUCCUACCGGUGAAUGAGCUUAUGUCUUAUCUGUCCAAGAAGCCAUGGUUUGUUAACCCUUUGAGUGCCACACUGGCA